AGGGAAAAGGAAUCAAACAUCCAGUAGAGGAUGAUUAUACAUAUGCUGCAGCUGAAAAAAAAGCAAAACUUGUUGAAGAUAUGAAGGUACCACCUUCAAGCUUUUGUAGAUCACAUAAAUGGGAAAAG